AUGGGGGUCGGGUUGUUGGUGGGAGCGCAUGUGGGCGGAGCUGCCGCCAUUGUUAUUAUUGCCUUGGGUGUGUUUUGGUUUAUCAAGCGGAGAAAGAAACAACAAAGCAAAGCAAAUGAUGAUGAUAUGAUCUUAGAUAUUCCCAUGGCACCUAGGGAGUUCCAAUAUGCUGAAUUGGCUCAAGCAACUAGGAACUUCGCUGAGGAACAAAAGCUUGGAGAGGGAGGAUUUGGAGGUGUUUAUAGAGGCUUCUUAAGUGAUAUCAAUAAGGAUAUCGCUGUGAAGAGGAUCUCUAAAGGAUCUAAACAGGGGACAAAGGAAUAUGCAUCGGAGGUGAAGAUCAUUAGUCGAUUGCGGCAUAGGACGCUUGUGCAACUUAUUGGUUGGUGCCACCAACGGAAAGAGCUACUUCUUGUAUAUGAGUUCAUGCCAAAUAGAAGCCUUGAUUUCCAUCUAUUUCGAAACACGGGUUCCUUGACAUGGGAUUCAAGGUACAAGAUAGCUCUUGACUUGGCCUCUGCAUUACAGUAUUUGCAUGAAGGGUGGGAACAAUGCAUUGUCCACAGGGAUAUUAAAUCCAGUAAUGUAAUUCUAGAUACCCAUUUCAAUGCUAAACUUGGGGAUUUCGGCCUGGCUAGGCUUGUGGAACGCGAGGAAGAGUACUCACAAGUAACCAUCAAUGUAGAUGGUAGCACAGGAGACAAUAAUACGGCAUCACAAACACAAACAACCAAUAUAGCUGGUACCAUGGGAUACAUGGCGCCUGAAUAUAUGAUUACUGGUAAGGCUACUAAAGAAUCUGAUAUGUAUAGUUUUGGCAUUGUUCUCUUAGAAAUUGCUUGUGGGAGAAAGCCCAUUAAGAAUAAGGCUGACCCAAGUGAAGUAAGUUUGGUAAACUGGGUUUGGGAUCUCUAUGGAACACAAAAACAUCUUGAAGCUGCUGACCCAAGUCAAGGCAUGGAAGAAUUUGACAAGCAACAAGUAGAGUGUUUGAUGAUUGUUGGGCUAUGGUGUGCUCACCCAGAAUACAAACUCAGACCUUCUAUUGAAAAAGCUAUUCAUGUUCUCCAAUUUGAUGCUCCACUGCCCAUUCUCCCAAGUAAGAUGCCUGUGCCCAUAUAUGAAACCUCUUCAUUCUCGAUUUCAUCAUUCCAACCUUCAUCCAACAGUGGCACCACUGAUUCCUCCAAGUUAAACUGGUCAUCAGCUCCUAUAUCCCUCUUGAAUAAUCCACGUUAA